AUGGACAAAGAAAAAUGUAUUAUUUAUAUGGUAUUCGUCUUCAGUCUGGCGAUUCGUGGUGCCAGGGGUGUGGAGGAUCAAACCAAUAAUGAAUGUAUCACACCAAAUGAUCUUAACGGAAAGUGCAUCAACAUAACAAGAUGCCCUACACAUCAUCCAUUAAAAAAUCAGAUAAAAAAUGCUUCUAUUAGUAUUUAUCUCAGAAACUCCAUGUGCGUAAAUGAGGGUAGUUCUACUUAUUAUCCCAAGGUAUGCUGUCCAUUAGAGGAUGAACCUACCAACAACACUGAAUCUUCUGAAAGGACAACUACUCCCAAUAACGAUUCAACAGUAUCAGACAUUUACAAAAUAGAUUCACCAAUCAAAUUGCCAUCUCAAGAAACUUGUGGACGGCAGAUUGGUCCUUUCAGUUGCGUUUCUGGAGGAUUUAUUACUGAAUUAGGUGAAUGGCCCUGGAUGGCAGCAAUUGGUUGUCAACAUCGUAGUUUUCCAACAUCGGAAUAUAAGUGGAUCUGUGGUGGUUCCUUGAUAUCAGAUAGCUACGUAUUAACAGCUGCCCACUGCACCCUCGGUCUUGGAAUGUACCGUUUGUAA